UCACGUGAUUCAAAAUCAGGUGAUUUUUUUCCCGGAAGUGUUUUGAAGAGCAUAUAGCCUUUAGCUUAUUUACGUGACUUUCAUUACAUUUCACUUUAAAUAAAAUUUAUUGUACUUGUUUUCAUGGAGGCUGCACUGGAGCAACACCUCGACGAUACAAUGAAAAAUCCUGGGAUUGUUGGAGUUUUGUGUACAGACGCCCAAGGUCAUAAUCUUGGAUGCCGUGGCUCCCUUUCUGAUGAGCAUGGUGGAGUUGUGUCUGUUCUGGCUAAACAGGCUGCCUCUCUAACUAAAGAUCCAACAGACACUCCUACUGUGUGUCUCGAAUCCGAUUCAGGGAAUGUGCUGGUGAGGACACACGGGACCAUCACAGUAGCCGUGCACAAGAUGGUGCUAUAAAGUGUCUGGAUGCAUGCUCCAUCAUCACAAGAUCUCAGAGUUGUUGCUGAUGUACAGAAACUUGGCUGAUACACAUUACAACUUAUUUGCUUUGGAUUACAAAAGGACUCAUGCAUAUCUGAUAACUGUUGUGUGUUGUGCUUUGCUUAUAUGGCAUAUUUUGCAGGAUUUUGAGUAACUGGCCUCAAUCUACUGAUAUAGUGCUUGCAUAUUCUUUUACAACUAGAUACAUUUCCUGAUUAUUCAGUGCUUCCUGGUGCAGCUUGACAUUUCUGAUGUUGUCAUAAAAUGUUGCUGUUAAUAAAUUAUUUAAUAAAUA